CUUGUCACCGAUAGCAGAAUAAAGAGUAUAAAAACCGAUGCAUAUUUAACAUAUUGUAUUAUUGCAAAAUUGUGAUCUAAUUGCAAAUAUGAAGUUCUUUAUUGCGUUCGCUGCUCUGACUGCCUUGGCAGUUGCAGUUCCUGUGCAAAAGCCCAUCAACCAUGAUGAGGCGUAUCUCCAAGCCAUCAUGGAUGCCAUCAACAGCCCUCACACUGACCCCGCCACCGCUGCUCUUCUUGAACAGCAACUGGAAAGUAUCUUGGCUGAACAGAAGCCUAUCAUUGACCCAAGCCCAAUUCUCGUGGACGAGGCUGAAAACAUCAACAUCGGGCCCGCUUUUGUAGAUGAAAAUGAGCCCAUCUCAACUGACCCAGCUUUAAUCGAAGGAAAUGUCCCAGUUAGCGCUCCAAUGGUUCAAGUUAUCAUAAACGUCAAUGCUGUCUCCAAGCCAGCGCUAAAACCUGUAGAAAUUGACAACAGCCCCGCCUUCGUCCCAGAAAGUCCCAUUAUUCCAGACCCAAUUAACAUUGGAGUCCCCAUCCUGCCUGAUCUUGCCAUAAACCUACCUGAAGAAUUACACUAAAUCACUGGAAAAGAAACUUAACGAUAUUUGCAACAAAAAAGCUGUUUUUUGAAGUUAAUAAAGGUUAUUGAUUUCAUUGCAUUAUUUAAAAAUUUAA